AUGUGCUUUGGCUCGAACUCUGAUCCUCAUGGACCAUGCCUUGUCUCGCCGCAUCCAAGGGUCCUUGCCGGGACCUCUGGUGGCGAGCGAGAUGCGUUACGGAAGCAGAUCCCGGGACGCCUACCUCCAGGCGGUCCUACAGGAACGCUCCACGGUCUGAAUGAUGGCACCAUCUUCCCUGAAUCACACUAUCGACGGGUCCCUGUUCCAUCGUCGGCCCGCAUGAGCAGAGCGGCUCUAGAGCGGACUCCUUUGAGAGGACCAAUUCGGGUUGUCAUCGUCCUUGUCGACUUCUCCGACAAGCCAAUGACGACUUCGAGACAACACUUUGAAGACCUCUUCUUCUCAAAGGGCAAGAUCCCCACAGGCAGCGUGACUGAGUACUACGAAGACGUCAGCGGCGGUAAAGUCUCGUUCACUGGAGAGGCUAUCGGCCCUUUCAGGAUGCCUCUCACCUUAGCUCAGUAUGCACACAAUGCAUCUGGUAUGGUCGAGGAGGCACCCAACCUGCAAGACCUUGCGGCGCACGCCCUCGCCGCCGUGGAUGGAAGCAUAGACCUCACGCCGUACGACAACGAUCACAACGGCGAGGUCGACGCAUUCAUCGUGGUCCACGCUGGCAAAGGAGCAGAAGAAUUGCCAGCUGGCCCCGAGCGCGAUGGUAACAUCUGGUCUGCCAAGUGGGUCUUGAGGAACGAAACCCGGGCGGAUGGGACCAACGUGUUCGGUUUCCUCACCGUGCCUGAGUUCGCCUACAUUGGUGUCUGCGCCCACGAGCUCGGCCACUUGGUCUUUGGAUGGCCUGAUCUCUACGACAUCGACGGCGACGGCGACCCGGAGAACGUUGGUGUGCACUCGGCGGGCGUGGGCGACUGGUGUCUCAUGGGAGGCGGUUCUUGGGGUCACCUUCCAGGCAACGAACCAGGGACCACGCCGUGCCAACCGUCUGCGUGGUGCAAGGCGAACCAAGGAUGGAUCAACCUCGUGGUUGACCAGCAGAACCGCACCAUCUCCCUCAAGGAUGUCAAGAAGGAGCCUCGUGAAGUCCAUCGCCUCUGGACGAACGGCGACACGAUCAGCCAGGAGUACUUUUUGAUCGAGAAUCGGCAGAAAACUGGCUUUGACCGGUCACUCCCGGGACAAGGCUUGCUGGUCUGGCACAUCGACGACCAGAAGGAAAACAACCGAGACGAAAGGCACUACAAGGUCGGCCUGGUGCAGAGCGACAACCGUCGACAACUCGAGGCGGCAGAGGGCGGGCCCACGGGCAACCGAGGCGACGCGGGAGACCCGUACCCCGGAACCGCGCACAACACGUCCUUUGGCGCCUUCACCAGCCCCAACAGUCGUACUUACGGCGGCCGUGACAGCAAGGUCUCAAUCAAGAACAUCUCGGCGCCGUCGCAGACCAUGACUAUGGACGUUGCGGUCAGAUCUACAUUUCCCGUGGCUGUUGGAUCCAAGUUGUGA